AUGUUCGCAGUAUAUUUUCAUGGGCAGUAUAAAGGUUCUGAUGGUCUAAUAGACAAAUUUGACGAAAUGAGAAUCUUUACAGUUCGUUCAGACGAAAGUCUUGAGAAAACUCUAAAUGACUUUCAAACUCAAAUGAACAAAUAUUAUUGGGAAUUUCAAGAAAAAUACGACUCUUUACUAAAUGGAACAUACUAUCUGAAACUAGAAUAUGACAAGAUGAACUCCACCGUUUUAUUUCAAAGGAUUGAAAUUAACCCUCCAAGAGAUACACAGUUUUUAUUUUGGGAAGUAGACAAACGUUCUUGGGCACAAUUUCUUCGGUUACUAAACCAGAACGAACCAUUACCACCAGAUGGUCCAUUUAAAUUUAUACUUCCACCAGCAGAUUUGACAGUUUAUAGAAACGUGUUUGACCCUCAAAAUGUUAUGUGUCAUGCAAGUUUCAGUUCAAGCAACAAUAGUUUUCUAUGUAUUGGUAAGGACUUUUAUGACUUUGCUUCUAAAUUCUACGAACCACCUAGUAACAGUUUCUCUGACUUUCAAGUUUGGUUCACAACAAACGGUGUGCAGCAUAUAAUACCAUUGUACUAUGACUUUUAUCUCGAAUUGUCUUUCAUAUACAACUACGGAGAAGUGCUGAAAAAGUAUUGA